AUGACCAAGCCUUCCACCGGGAAGUCAGCUAGUGGUAAACCUCCUCUAGAAGUACCCAGCCUCCACAAACCGGCCGAGCCGAGCACCGUGGACGAAUUCGCAAAGGCAGUCGAGACUGCCGAGUCGAACAAGUCUCCCGAAGACGGGGGAACUGGGGAUAAAUCUCAGGAGAGGAACUCGUCGAGUGUGAUGGGCGAGUGUGGAGGAGACGAGGAUGUCGAUGCUAAGACCCAAACAAAGAAGGGCAAGAAAUCCAGGCUGAUGGCCGCUGUCGAGAAGGCGAACCGUCGCGCCGGUGUGGUGUCGGUGGAGGUACCCCCUACCAACGAGGCAUCCGAUGUUGGCGAGACCGCCGCUGCCAUCGAGGAGAUUCAGCCCCCUAAGUCGAAUCUUGAGCCCGAGACAGACGGCGACUCGUCUGGUACAGCAGACAUGGCCAAGAAGUUUAAGUCUUUUAUCAAUAUGAUUAUCGAUGAGUCCAGCAACCGGAAGAGCCACGGGAGCUCUGCUGAGAAUGGCGCCGUCAAGAUAUCCAAGGCAUUGAGAGAUGCUGGCAUCGGUAAUGCCUAUGACACGGCUCUGUUCAGCCAAAAGGCUCUUGAGUGGUGUAUCGAAGACCAGUCUUAUCUGUUAUCUGGCCCCAUCGAGAGCUUCGUUGAUGAUGACGAUGUGGGAGGUCCUCUCACUCUAUCCAAGCUCACGAGACAGCUAUUAGCCUGGGCCACUAUUGGUUCUAUCGUUGGAGUGAAAUGGGGACUUCUUUUCUCCCACUUCAAUCAUGUGCUCCGCGCGGUGGAGUUCAAAAACCCCCCUAACAUCCAGAGCGGGGGGCACUAG